AUGCUGUGGAAACCCCGGAGCAAGAGCGACAUUCUGCAGAUGUUGAUCCACACCUAUUCUGCCAUGGAGCGGGCAGACCUCAGCUCUUCCCCCGGCUCUCGCCUCUCCUCCCUCUCCUCUCUUUCCUCCCUCUCCUCCCUUUCCUCCCUUCCUCAGGGAGGGUACUCCUCGGCCCCUCCCCUCUGUCACACUCCCGCCUCAGACUUCCAGCCUCCGUACUUUCCGCCUCCGUACGCGCAGUCGUCACUGCCGUACGCGGCGCAUGCUCAGAGUCAGGAGUACGAACCGUACGCACUACACGCGCCGCACCAGCCGCACGCGCACAUGCAGCCCUGGCACGCGCACACGCACAGGGCACGCGCUGACGACCGCCUCUCGCACCGUGCGCUCCUGCAAGACAUGCACUUGCAGCACGAGGACGGGUCGAUGGACGAUGGUGUCUUGGAUCACUCUGUCAUCAAAAAAGUCCCCUCAAGGCUGGCAAGCUCUCCCUUCUGCCUGGGUAAGGAGAGCUGGGGCCUGGGAGCGGUGUCCAACCCAGCUGAGAUCUUCUGCUCGGUCCCUGGUCGCCUCUCUCUCCUCAGCUCCACCUCCAAGUACAAGGUGACAGUGGGGGAGGUGCAGAGGAGGCUGGCUCCCCCGGAGUGUCUCAACGCCUCUCUGCUGGGAGGAGUGCUCCGCAGGGCCAAGUCUAAGAAUGGAGGUCGAUGUCUGCGUGAGCGUCUGGAGAAGAUUGGGCUGAACCUACCUGCAGGACGUCGUAAAGCUGCUAAUGUUACUCUGCUCACGUCUCUGGUGGAAGGGGAGGCGGUGCAUCUGGCCCGGGACUUUGGUUUUGUGUGUGAGACAGAGUUUCCGUCUCGAGCUACAGCUGAAUACUUGUGUCGACAAAAUGACCCAGAAACAACACACACAAGAAGAAGCAUGUUACUGGCUACAAGGGAGGUAUGUAAGGAGUUCCUGGACCUCCUGUCCUCGGAUCGCUCUCCGGUUGGAGGCAGCCGGCCGGUCCCAUGUCUGGACCCGAGUCUUCAGAGUAGUCUGACCCACUUCGGUCUCCUCACACAUGGGUUCGGCAUCCCGGCCAUCUGCGCUGCUCUCACCACCUUUCAGAGCCACCUCAGCGAAGCCCUCAAGGUCCUCGACCAGGAGACCAGCGGAAAAGACCUCAAGCACCGCAAGUGA